AUGCCUUUUGUAGCUGAACAAGGUGAACAACCGAUUCCAAACCACGAUCCAGUAUCUUCAUCUGCAUUCGGUAAUGACCAAUUGAAUGAUUUUCUUCCUCGACAAUUUGAAGGGUGCAUCGUCAUCAAAAAUAACAAUUGUGGAGUACAGACAACUCUUAGUGGAGAAAUCAGACUGGAGCCGUUCGAAAAAGCAGUCGAAAGAUUCAGAAAGCAGAUAGCUCUUGCAAAAAUCAAUCCAAUUGACAUUCCGAAGAUAAACGAAGAACUUCGAGAACGAGUAGAGAAAAUCUGGGGUCCGGAAAUCUGCAAUCGCUACUUGAAAUUAUCUGUCUUCUCGAACAUCCAAGUGAUGACAGCUCAAAAAAGAAAGAGAUGCCAGACUGAAAUCACUGGACAGGCUCCAUCGACCCCUCUCAUUGAAUUAUUGCGUGCGUGGCGUCAACAGACCACCAGAGAUCAUCAGGAAUAUUUAUGUCGCCAAGCGGAACAUUUCCGCCGUCGAGAGAUUGAGAUUGAGCGUUUUCGUCAACAGCUCCGUCAUGGACGGCCUCGUACUGUCCAAUCUGAACCUGCCCAAUUUGAACCUGUCCGAGAGAAAAUUGGAAAUGAUCUCAUUCAAGAAAUACGCCAACAAAACGCUCAGUUCCAAGUCACUGAAAUGGAUUGUUUAGGAAAUGUGAUUCUUCGGGCUCACACGCAUCUGAACAACAUCGGACGAAUUCCUUGA